GCAAGUCAGAUGGCGCGUCCCGGUUUUUCAUAACAGCUCUUCUACGCGUGACUUGCCUCUUGACUAGCUUCGUAAGUCCUGGUCAUGGCGAUAGCGGCGAUAGACAGCCACUCUGCUAAAGGUCAUCACGCAGAGUCUAGAGACUCUCGAGGUCGUUUUGCUCGAUCAUGGACGCCAUGAAUCUCUUCGCGGCUGCUGCAUUUCUGGUGAUCGGGCUGGUUUAUUGGUUUGUCAAUCGGCAGCGGCCUUCUACUCCUCCGGGACCUUGGAAGCUGCCUGUUGUUGGGAAUUUACACCAAUUGUUGGGAAAACAGCCUCAUCGCGUGAUCACCGAGCUCUCCAAGAAGUAUGGUCAUCUGAUGUCCCUCCGGCUGGGAUCAGUUCAAGCGGUGGUGGCUUCUUCUUCCCAAACAGCGAAGAUCUUCUUGCAAACUCACGACGUGAUCUUCUCGUCAAGGCCUGAAGUCGCGAACGCCAAGCUUCUCACUUAUGGCUUCUCGGACAUCAUGUGGGCUCCUUACAGUCAGCAGUGGCGCGAGCUCCGCAAGCUCUCCGUCCUGGAGCUCUUCACUGCCAAGAGACUGGAAUCGUUUCAAGGCAUCCGCAGAGACGAGACUCUCAACAUGAUCCAUCGUCUGCUGAAGCUGGCUCGAGAGAAGAAAGUGGUAAACUUUCGGGACGCGGCAACAGAGCUCUCAUGGAGCAUAAUUGGGACAAUGGUUUCCAACAGGCAGGAGUUCGUCAAUCUCGAAGAGGGCCUCAAAGUCAAGUCUUCACUCGACCGAGCACUCCAACUCGCCGGAGCUUUCAACCUUGCCGACUACAUACCGUUCUUCCGAGCUUUCGACGUCCAAGGAUUUCGCCAACAAAGCCAGAUCUUGCACGAGCAGCUGGAUUUCUUCUUCCAGGGCCUGGUCGACAGCCACAGGCGACAAGAGCGGCCCCCGAACGCCUCGGAGGACUUCAUUGACGUGCUGCUGUCCAUCCAGAAACAAAACGGUGUGGAGUACGUGAGCGACGACACGAUAAAAGCGACAAUCCAGGAUAUCUUCGCAGCUGGGACUGAUACAUCGUCCAUGACUCUGGAAUGGGCUCUCACCGAGCUGGUACGGCAUCCGCGCUCUCUCCAGAAAGCCCAAGACGAGAUAAGUUUCAUAGUUGGAAACGACCGGAUGGUGAGCGAGGCAGACAUUCCGAAGCUCCAGUUCCUACAGGCGGUAGUCAAGGAAACUCUUCGCCUCCAUCCGCCGGGUCCUCUCCUCCAGCACCAGUCCAUGGAGGACUGCAAAGUCGGGCCUUACAGCUUCCCUGCCGGGACCAGAGUGAUCAUCAACGUCUACGGCAUUUCCAGAGAUCCAAGCUUGUGGGAGCAGCCUCUGGAGUUCGAUCCUUGGAGGUUCCUUGACAAGCCCACGGCCAGCAUCGACAUGAAAGGCCAGCACUUCGAGUUCAUCCCGUUUGGUUCCGGCCGACGAAUCUGUCCGGGGCUGGCCAUGGGAGUGAGAACUGUGGAGCUCGCACUGGCACAGUCGCUCCACUGCUUCCACUGGCACUCGCCGGACGAUCGAGUCCCAGAUAUCGAGGAAGUCUGUGGGAUGACGCUGCCAAAGAAGAACCCAUUGCUGCUAGCUCCAUCGCCACGACUGGCCGACGCAGUGUAUGGCGAGAUACAAAGAAUGUGAUUUCGCUGUAUUGAUCUCAAAAAUAUCAAAGCAAAGAAUUUGUGUUGUCUACAUUCGAAAGUCUAGAACGCAAACAGUGUUGUUUGAGAAGCAAGCAGCGACUCUGUCACCUUCUUUG